AUGUGGCACCUGCACGUGCUCGUGCUGCUGCGCCUUCUCGUAGCGCUUGAGGCGCUGAACACGUGCCAGUCCAUUAACCUGGAUGAGCAGAAGUCUAGACGCAUCGAGGCGGUCCGCGGACAGAUCUUGAGCAAACUGCGGAUCCGCAGUCCCCCUAAGGAUGAGGACGAGCUGGCCCCGGCCCCGGUGCCCUCGGAGGUCAUGCUGCUCUACAACAGCACGCGGGAGCUGCUCAAGGAGCGCGCGCGCCAGGCGGAGUCCGCGUGCGACCGCGAGAGCAGCGAGGAGGACUACUACGCCAAAGAGGUGCAGCGGAUAGACAUGCUCCCUGUGCGCAGCGACAACAAUGCCUUGCUGCCUGUGGCUCCAGACCCACACUUCAGAGUCGUCCACUUUGAUGUUGGUGCAGUGGAUCUGACAAACAGCACUUUGGUUAAAGCGGAGUUUAGGAUCUUCAGAGCUCCAAACCCAAAGGCCAAGGCAGCCGAGCAGAGGGUGGAGAUCUUCCAGUUACUGAGGCCUGAUGAAGAUAGCACUUCAACACAGCGGUACAUUGACUCCCGGACUGUCCAGACAAGAGCAAAGGGAUCCUGGAUUUCUGUGGACGUCACUGAGACUGUUAAAGACUGGGUGUCUGACUCAGAUAACAACUUAGGUUUAAAACUGAGCAUCCACUGCCCCUGCUGCACAUUUGUCCCAUCUACAAACAACAUUGUUCCCAAUAAGAGCGAAGACCUGGAGGCGCUCUUUGCAGGUGUUGAUGAUGAGCAACUCCGUCAGAUCAGAAAGCCCGGCCAGGUGAAAGGGCAAGCAGAUUUCAGCACCAAAACACCUCACCUCAUUCUCACACUGCUGCCCAGUGACCGAGUGGAUAAUCCGGCCAAGAAGAACCGCAAAAAGAGAGCCGCAGCCACCGACGGCAUCACCUGCUCCCGUGGAUCCGAUCACAACUGCUGCCUGCGCUCACUCUACAUUGAUUUCAGACGUGAUCUGAACUGGAAGUGGAUUCAUGAGCCCAAAGGUUAUAAAGCCAACUUCUGUGCUGGCAACUGUCCUUAUCUGUGGAGUGCAAACAACCACUACAACAUGAUCCUGCCCCUGUACAAUAAGCUGAACCCUGAGGCUUCUGCAACACCCUGCUGCGUUCCUCAAGAUCUGGAGCCACUAACCAUCAUGUACUUCAUUGGACGCACACCGCGUGUUGAACAACUCUCUAAUAUGGUCGUCAAAACCUGCAAGUGCCGCUGA